AUGUCUCCUCUGAAGAUACAAGGUCCUAUCAGAAUUCGAAGUAUGCAGACUGGGAUUACAAAGUGGAAAGAAGGAUCCUUUGAAAUUGUGGAAAAAGAGAAUAAAGUCAGCCUAGUUGUUCACUACAAUACUGGAGGAAUUCCAAGGAUAUUUCAGCUAAGUCAUAACAUUAAAAAUGUGGUGCUUCGACCCAGUGGAGCAAAGCAAAGCCGCCUAAUGUUAACUCUACAAGAUAACAGCUUCUUGUCUAUCGACAAAGUACCCAGUAAGGAUGCAGAGGAAAUGAGAUUGUUUCUAGAUGCAGUCCAUCAAAACAGACUUCACUCAGCCAUGAAACCUCAGGGGUCUGGUAGUUUUGGAGCUAUUCUGGGCAGUAGGUCUUCACAGAAGGAAACCAACAGGCAGUUGUCUUACUCAGAUAAUCAGGCCUCUUCAAAAAGGGGAAGUUUGGAAACUAAAGAUGAUGUUCCAUUUCGAAAAGUUCUUGGUAAUCCAAGUAGAGGAUCUAUUAAGACUACAGCAGGAAGUGGAAUACCUGUCACCCGGACCAUUCCUUCUUUGACAUCUACAUCAACACCUCUUAGAUCAGGCUUAUUAGAAAAUAGGACUGAAAAGAGGAAAAGAAUGCUGUCAUCUGGCUCAGAGUUGAAUGAAGAUUACCCUAAGGAAAAUGAUUCAUCAUCGAACAACAAGGCUAUGACAGAUAACUCAAGAAAGUAUUUAACCAGCAGUAGAGAGAAACAGCUGAGUUUGAAGCAGUCAGAAGAGAACAGGACAUCAGGACUUUUACCUUUACAGUCAUCAUCCUUUUAUAGUAGCAGAACUGGAUCCAAAGACUACUCUUCUGGCAGCACUAACCUAGACAGAACCAAUGUUUCAAGCCAAACUCCCUCUGCCAAAAGAAGUUUGGGGUUUCUUCCUCAGCCAGCCCCUCUUUCUGUUAAAAAACUGAGAUUUAACCAGGAUUAUACUGGCUGGAACAAACCAAGAGUUCCCCUUUCCUCUCACCCACAGCAACAACUGCAGGGCUUUUCCAAUUUGGGAAAUACCUGCUAUAUGAAUGCUAUUUUACAGUCUCUGUUUUCACUCCAGUCAUUUGCAAAUGAUUUGCUUAAGCAAGGUAUCCCUUGGAAGAAAAUUCCACUCAAUGCACUUCUCAGACGCUUUGCACACUUGCUUGUUAAAAAAGAUAUCUGUAAUUCAGAGACCAAAAAAGAUUUACUCAAGAAGGUGAAAAAUGCCAUUUCAGCUACAGCAGAGAGAUUUUCUGGUUAUAUGCAGAAUGAUGCCCAUGAAUUUUUAAGUCAGUGUUUAGACCAACUGAAAGAGGAUAUGGAAAAAUUAAAUAAAACUUGGAAGACUGAACCUAUCCCUGGAGAAGAAAAUUCACCAGAUAUUUCAGCCACCAGAGUGUUUACUUGUCCUGUUAUUACUAACUUGGAGUUUGAGGUUCAACACUCCAUCAUUUGUAAAGUAUGUGGAGAGAUUAUUCCCAAAAGAGAACAGUUUAAUGACCUCUCUAUCGACCUUCCUCGAAGGAAAAAGCCACUUCCUCCUCGGUCAAUUCAAGAUUCUCUUGAUCUUUUCUUUAGGGCAGAAGAGCUUGAGUAUUCCUGUGAGAAGUGUGGGGGGAAGUGUGCUCUCGUCAGGCAUAAAUUUAACAGGCUGCCCAGGAUCCUUAUUCUUCAUUUGAAACGAUAUAGCUUUAACGUGGCUCUCUCACUUAACAAUAAGAUUGGACAGCAAGUCAUCAUUCCAAGAUACCUGACCCUAUCUUCUCACUGCACUGAAAAUACAAAACCACCCUUUACCCUUGGUUGGAGUGCACAUAUGGCAGUUUCUAGACCAUUGAAAGCCUCUCAAAUGGUGAAUUCCUGCCUCACCAGCCCUUCUACACCUUCAAAGAAAUUUACCUUCAAAUCCAAGAGCUCCCUGGCUUUAUGCCUUGAUUCAGACAGUGAAGAUGAACUAAAACGUUCUGUGACCCUCAGCCAGAAACUUUGUGAAGUGUCAGGCAGAGAGCAGCAGCAGGAAGACCUGGAAAAAGGUUCAAAAUUGUGCAGAAUUGAGCCUGAUAAGUCCGAAUUGGAAAACUCAGGAUUUGAGGGAAUGAGUGAAGAAGAGGUAGUAGCAGCUGUCUUAGAGAUAAGUAAGAGGGAAUCUUCACCAUCUCUGAGUCAUGAAGAUGAUGAUAAACCAACCAGCAGCCCAGAUACUGGAUUUGCAGAGGAUGAUAUUCAAGAAAUGCCUGAAAACCCAGAACCUAUGGAAACCGAGAAACCCAAAGCCAUCACAGAGCCAGAUCCUGCCAGUUUUACUGAGAUAACUAAAGACUGCGAUGAGAAUAAAGAAAACAAAACUCCAGAAGGAUCUCAGGGAGAGGUUGAUUGGCUUCAACAGUAUGAUAUGGAGCGUGAACGGGAAGAGCAAGAGCUUCAGCAGGCAUUGGCUCAGAGCCUCCAGGAACAAGAGGCUUGGGAACAAAAGGAAGAUGAUGACAUCAAAAGAGCUACAGAGUUAAGUCUUCAAGAGUUUAACAACUCCUUUCUGGAUUCUCUGGGUUCUGAUGAGGACUCUGGAAAUGAGGAUGUUUUAGAUAUGGAAUACACAGAAGCUGAAGCUGAGGAACUGAAGAGAAACGCCGAGACGGGAAAUCUUCCUCAUUCCUAUCGGCUCAUCAGUGUUGUCAGUCACAUUGGUAGCACUUCUUCUUCAGGUCAUUACAUAAGUGAUGUGUAUGACAUUAAGAAGCAGGCGUGGUUUACUUAUAAUGACCUAGAGGUAUCUAAAAUCCAAGAAGCUUCCGUGCAGAGUGAUCGUGAUCGAAGUGGUUACAUCUUCUUUUAUAUGCACAAGGAGAUCUUUGAUGAGCUGCUGGAAACAGAAAAGAACUCUCAGGCACUUAACAUGGAAGCAGGGAAGACCACUCGUCAGGCUUCGUGA